AUGAGCAAGAUCCUCAUCACUGGUGCCACUGGCUACGUGGGCGGCACAGUCCUCGCUCAGCUCAUUGCAAGCACUGAACUCAGUCUCAAACCCCUCACUUUCGAUGUCCUCAUUCGCGACAAUGUACAGGCCUCCAAAUUGAAGGAAGCAUAUGGAUCUCGCGUCAACACGAUCAGAUGGACUGGUCUAGAUGACACAGUCUUUAUCGAAGACACAGCCACAAACUACGAUAUUGUCAUCAACACUGGCUCUGGCUUCAUCCCAGAAGGCGCUGCAGCCUUUGUCAACGGCCUGGCACGCGGCGUCAACACAGGCAAACCAGCACCGUGGAUGCUACAUAUCUCCGGCUGCACCAAUGUUUCCGACCGUCCCCUGACACAACCUCCACGCCCGCCCUACGAAUGGGACGACGAAAGGGACGGGGCUGGGAUCUUUCAUUUUAUGAAAGCCCUUGACGAAGAGGAUCCAUACUCACAGCGCACAACCGAACUCAGUGUUCUCGAAGCAGCCACUGCAACAGGCGUGAAUGCCAUCAGCAUCAACACGCCUUGUAUAUUUGGUGAAGGAGGAGCUUUGUUCAACCGCCAAGGCCUUGUCAUUCCUCUAAUCAUGAUGUACGUGGUGCAACAUGGUUAUGGCUGGAACCUCAACGACACAGCCAAUUUUGACUGGGUCCACGUCUCCGACCUAGCAAAGAUGUACGUCCUCGCGCGCACUAUUCUCGAGCGUGAGGACCGGGGCGUCAGAUACCUCCCUUCUGGUCGAAACGGUGUGAUGUUCGCGGCGGUUGGUCACACGCUCAUCAAGGAUAUCAACCAGAGGUGCCUAGACCUAGCAUUUGAAGAUGGUUUGUUGCCGCGUGAGGAUACUCCACAGGAGAAGGAAAUCCGGAAUGUAUCGCUGGAUGAAAUUGCCGAGAAGUUGACUGCGGGUCGUCGCGAUAUUGCCGAGUGUGGCUGGGCUGGGCAUACGACUACGAAGGCGGAGAAGGAUUUCAAGGAUGAGCUGGGUGCGUUGAAGGAAGGUAGGCGGAUGUUCUCUACGGAGAGCUGUAUUGGCGCGAAGAAGUAA